GUGAUAACUACCAAAAAAAGAAGAAGAAGAAGAAGACUAGCAAUGGCGAACGAGAAUGCCAAAACUCCUAUAACAGAAUUACAAGAAUUGUGCGUCGCGCGUAAGCAACCAAAUCCUAUUUAUUGUUUUGGUGAUGAAAUAAUAGAAUCCCUGAAUUCUAAAUAUUUUACUACCAAAGUAACAGCGCUCGGGUCAAGCUGUGUAGGUAGAGGGCGAUCAAAAAAGGAUUCGAAACACGAUGCCGCCUUCAGAUUGCUCCGAAUCUUGCAAUCUGCAGGAAAUUGCGAUGACGAGUCAGAUGAUUCCCACUUCUUAGCAGUACUUUCCACUGAUAAAGUUACGGAGCUAAGAGACAUCUGCGUACAACGGAACUUCCCUGAGCCAUCAUUCGAGUGUGUUCGACAAUCAGGACCUUCCCAUGCCCCCAUAUUUGAAUAUGAAUGCCGUAUAACAACGAUUGUCCGCCGUGGUAUUCACAAGACGAAGAAAGGAGCAAAACAGGCAGCAUGUGACGCUAUGAUUAAGACUCUACAGGCAAUGCCGGUGGAAGAUGACGAAAUGCAAAUUCAAACUUUGGAUCAGGCAGCUGAUCAGACGUUUGAAGAAGACGAGCAUCUCAUUCGUACCUAUCGGGAAUAUAAAAAUUCUGAUAUUAAAAAAAAAUUAGGUGUCAAAAUAGUUGAUCGACACAGGUAUUUUGAAGAGCUUGACAAUACUAAAAUCGAGUCAGCCCGUCGAAUUGCUUUUGACGAAAUGAUGGAUACGUGCGAUAAAUGUAUGCAAAUUCCAAAAGCUUUGGGCUUGAAGUAUAGUAUAAAGACAGAGGACAGUCAGCUGACGACAAAAGAUGGUCAGAAAUUGUUUACCUUCGAACUGUUGAACAAUGAAUUUGACGUUUUCAUUUAUGGAUUGCGCGAUGAGUUUUUCACCAAUGUUUUAAGUUACUUAAAUAACAUGUUGAAUUUUAUUUUCUAAACAAUCAACGAUUUUGAGGAAUUUCUUUGGUUUAUAAAAGCAUGAGGAAUUGAAUUACGAAGAAUAUUUAUUUGAAUUAGUAUGUAUCAUAAUACAUAAAAGAUGAUGAAAAAUUAAAUUGAGUGUUUCAAUGAUUUAUUCUUUCUUCUGCUCCUGUACCUUUUUGGGAUCUGGCACAACGGCUGUUUCGCUUCCAUUAGAAUCUUCCUCAGAAUUUUUAUUAGGAAUGCAUUCUUUGGAAUCGCCGCUAACAACAGUUGAUGGAGUGAUGUCCAUGGUUGAUAUUGAUUCUUCUGAUUUUGUUGCUUCAACAGUAAUAUCUUUCUGUGACUCUUGAUCCUUAUCAUGUUUACUAUCUUUGCGACUAUUACGAUCACGUGAACUGAAAAACAAUAUUAAGUAUUUUUUGAUAGCAGUUAAUUUGAAAUCGCUUACUUUCCACGCCUAGAGGAAGAUAUAGAUGUAGAGCGCUUUCUCUCCGGGCGGUGAACAAUAACACUAACACGAUCGUAUACAUUGGACAGAGUUGAAAAGUAUUCAUUCGAUUUUUUCUGUAAAAACUAAAUUGUUUAUUUGUUCAUCCCAAUCAGAAAAAAAUACGUUACCGUUACAUCUCUCAAAUUUUGUUCAGCCUCAAUCAAUUUUUUUGUUAAAGUUUUGAUGUCUGAUGAUUGAUCUUUGAUCUUUUCGUUUGCACGUCCGGCAUUCUUUUGAAGAUCGGCAUUUUGACGGCGAAUAUCGGUAAGCAAAAUACUUGUGUCCUCACGACUUUUUUCUGAUUGCCGCAUCUGCUCAAGUAGUUUGGAAAUAUCGAUAACAGCUCCCUUGUGUACAACCAAACCUAAUCAAUAAAAAAAAGUAUGA